AUCCAGUGAAGCCUUAACGAGAUUCUUUGACACUUUGAAUCAGUUUAAGAUGAAAGUAAAUUUCAAGGAAUAUCAAGAAUAUAAAGAAUAAAAAGGAAAAAACAAUACCUACAAUCAGGAGUGAAGCAAGACACCAAUCCCAAGGACAGUAUGUCCCUUACUUCAUGGGAGUCAGCUAAUGAACGGUCACGUGAUGUCAGGGUAACGGGUAUUUCACCCAAAACAACCAAAGAUGCUUUGCUGAAUUUCUUUGAGAAUAAACGUCGAUCAGGAGGGGGMGAGAUAGAGGACAUUCAGUACAAUCAAGAUGAAGGAAUUGCUGACAUUACCUUUUGUGAUGCUGAAGAUACUGAGCGUGUAUCUCAACAAACAUCACUAAAUCUUGACGGAGUACAACUUGGUGUUAGACUCAAAUCGCUUCCAAAUGAUCCUCGUAAAGUACACGUAAUGGGGUUAUCAAACAGAACUACAACAGAUGGAUUAAUUUUUUUCAUGGAACUUGCAAGUGGAGAGGAAGUGGAAGACGUUCUUUUAAUGGAGGACUCGUGUGGGACUGUUACAUUCAAACGACCACCAGACUUACAAAAGAUUCAACAAACGUGCUCUAGAAGACGGCUAGAUGGCUGCUUUAUAAGGUUAGAACAAGAACAUGAAAUACAGCAAGAUGAAAGAGUGCAUCCUUUUGAAGAACAAAGACUAAAAGAUCCAGAAUCCAAGAGAAGGUCGUCUGCUUCAGAACAACCAAAACAGAACAUUGAAAGGCGAAUUAAUUCUGAACGACAGGCAGGUCAAAAAAUUUGUAGGAGAAUUGCCGGACCAGAAGAUCAGGCAAAGCCAAAAUCCCAAUGCACACAAGUACAGGCAGAACUAUGGAGAGGACUUCAUCAGAAAGAACACAAUAUAAGACAAGAAAUUGAGCGGAAAUAUGCUGCAGAGCAAAAAACAAGAGAAGAAAUUGAGAGGCAACUUGCCACAGAACGACAAACAAGAGAAGAAAUCGAGAGACAACUUGCCACAGAACGACAAACAAGAGAAGAAAUCGAGAGGCAACUUGCCACAGAACGACAAACAAGAGAAGAAAAUGAGAGACAACUUGCCACAGAACAACAUAUACGACGACAAAUUGAGGAGCAACUUGCCACAGAACAACGAAAUAGAGAAAUAGCGGAAAGUAGAGCUGAAACGCUUGAUCGAAGAGCAAGUCAACUUCAAGCAAGAUGUGACGAACUGCUUCUACAGCAGUCUUGUGACUGGAUCCUGGACAGAGAGGAAGUAACAAUUUCUGAUAGAACCAUUGGCAGCGGAGCAUGGGGAGAAGUCUUAGAAGGUACGUUUCGUGGAUGCAAAGUUGCCGUCAAGAGAAUCCACGAAAUUAUUCUUUCUCCUCGAAACAGACGACAAUUUGUACGGGAAAUGAGCAUAGCGUCACGAUGUCGUCACCCGUGUCUCCUUCAGUUUAUUGGUGCUACAGCUGAUGACGCUGUAAGUCCUCUGUUUGUCACAGAACUGCUAGAGACCAGCUUAAGAGCAGUUUUGCACGAACGUGAGCUGGAACCAGCUGAGAUAUCGACCAUUGCACUGGAUGUUGCAAGAGGUGUAAACUACUUGCAUCUCAAUCGUCCCGAUCCCAUAAUUCACCGCGACAUCAGCAGUGGUAAUGUGUUGCUAUGGAGACAGAAUAAUUCUUGGAGAGCUAAAGUGUCUGAUUAUGGUACAGCUAAUUUUAUUCGACAGUGUGUCACAGUAUGUCCUGGAACACCUAUCUAUUCAGCUCCCGAGGCUUUUAAUUUUAGACAACAGACUAAUAAGAUUGAUGUUUACAGUUUUGGAGUUUUGCUGUGUGAAAUGAGUACUCCAGAGCAACCUGAUCCUUUGCGAAGAAACCUGCAAGUUGCAAUGGUAAGGAAUCGGUGUCACAGGGUGCUAAUAGAGAGAUGUUUGGAAGAGAACCCCAACAAUCGUCCCAGUAUGGGAGAAGUUAUUGAUGCUCUUGAAAGAUCCAGAGAAGAUCCCAUAUCCAUCAACGAAACUUCAUGAAUAGGAAUGGACUGCAGAAUCUGCACAAUUUAGUAUCAUGAGUUACACGCUGUUGCUUAUGAAUAUUCUUGUCGGGUGGGUUGGGUGGUGGUGCACUACUAAGUAUUGACUGGAUGUAUAUAGUACUGAAUUUAGCGCCAUUAACCGUCUAUAGAAUGUCAAUUUAUCGCAUCUACAGCAAGUUAACACAAGAAGGAGAAUACCUCUAUUCUUUAUUUGUUGAUAAUUGCUUCAUCCUACAGUGUUGAUUGUAAAUAACAGAAAAUAACACUCUUGUACCCUUAGCCUUGAUUUUCUUGGCCAGCGCCGAAAACGUCUUAUUUUCGUCGACGGAGCUGGCCAAGACAAACGAAGGUUAAGAAAAUAAAAUGAUUAUUUAUGAUAAAUCCAUCUAUAGUGCCAAUCCUCUCACGGUCAACUCAAGAUGACUCUGCUUGUGUCAAGUAUUCAGCAUCGCUUUAAGCAUUUGUUGCACCUCAGUUAAGUACGUUGGAUCUGGAUAUCCAUAGCUGAAAAUAAAUGAGACGUCUGUGAGACGUUGACACUUCUUCAUUAAGUUAACGUUUGUAGCGGCAAUAAAAUGAUAAAUAAUGUCUUAACUCUCCAUAUGUAUAUUGAAAGUGGCAGAGUAAGACUCCCGCCUAUUAUCAGUCACCAGCUUAUCUUUGAGGAGUUUCUAGACAAUUGUUAAUCUCAUGCAAACUCUCUAACCGGAAAAUAUUAAAAAUAAUAAUGCAAAAUAGUGAAUUAUAGGCUAAACUGCAAGAGCGAUUUUUUUUAGUUUGAACUUUUGGCACUCUAAAGCAAUCUAUUGAGAGCUUAGAAUAGAAUGUCAUGAUAACUACAGUCCAGUUAUCCAAAUUUGCUAGCAUAGACAAGAUUUCAUACAAAUCAUUAUUUGGAAGCACUUUCAUACAAAAACCUGUAAGUUAGAAAUCAUAGUAAAAAUGAAUUGUGUUAA